UGCCCGCCGUACCACUGUUUUGAUGUUUGGUUAACGAAAACUAAAUAACGGGAAAACGAUCUCAAUCUAAUUAUUUAUCAUGGUGUCCAGUGAAGAAGAAGUUGAGGCGAAGCCAGCCGACGUAGUAGAAUGGGAUGUAGACAUGGAAAAUCAGUUAUUUUACGCCAUGGCCAACCACAAACCGGUCGGCAUCAACAAACAUUUUCAGAUGGCUUGUAUUUGGGAGAAACUCUCAAAUUCAAUAACUAAAGAGAUCUCCACGCAAGAUAUUUGGAAGCACUUAGAGUCUCUUUAUGAUAUAUCGAUGCUAGAUGACACGGAACCAAUUCCUUUUCCAAAUCAUGAGGUCCCAUUUAGUUUACCCGACAACGAGUUUGGCACGCUUAUGAAGCAAAAAUCAAAGGAUGGUCCUUUAUCUGACGACGCGGAAGCAACUCGCCUUGAAGCCCGAAGCCCCUCUCCAAAGGUCUCGACUCCUAGAAGCAGUUCACGGGGCACUGCCUCGAAAGAUAGUACUCCAAAAGUUGUGCCGGCUGGCCGCAAAGACAGUGCGACAGCGCAGCCCAAGUCUCGCAAAGAGAGUGGCAGCUCACACGCCUCCACAGACACACCUAGCAUCAAAUCAGAGAAGGACUAUGAUCGAAGACGAGACUCACGAGACUCCAACGCAUCGGGUCCUCGAGACAGCUCUACCGGCAGAAAAUCAACAUCACAUAAAGAAAGGGCUCCAAAGACUAAAGGCUGGGACUCGCCGCUGGCGGAGGAGGAGGGCGCGCGGCGCGGGCGGCGGCGCGCGCUGGCCGCCACGCCGCCAGGGCCCGCCGCCAAGCGCCGCCGCGUCUGACACACACACACACACACACACACACACACACACACACACACCACAACACGACACAGGCCAGGCCCCGUAGCCGAAUGGCAUUUCUGCGAAACGAAAGAAAUGUCGUCUGGCUCUGUCGCGCCAAUACGCAAGAGCGAUAGCGAUAGAUAGCUACGAAAAAGAUAUUAUCUUGAGCGUUUGUGCAUUCGGCUACGCAGACUGAUUUAGGGCCCGUUUAGACGGUACGACUAAAUCAGGCCUUAGACGGCGUGCGAACGGUAGACGGUGUGUGGUUCUAUCGUAGUCAGAUUUCGGGCUGUUGACGUUGAAACUGAAAAUGAAAUAAUUAUUUUUCAAGGCAUAUUACAAUGCGCAUAUGAACGUAAAAUAAAGCUACGGCGGCUCUAACUACGCCUCAGCCUCGAGAAGAUUUCAGACCCCCCUCAGUUGGGAGGGGGGUAUCCACUAUGGGACCGGCAAGAAACUCGGCGGGCCACUUCUUUUCAAAACAUUACAUCUUAUAAUUAACAUGCAUUAAAUAACAAGAUACAAUUUAACAUGCAAAAGUAUUCAUCAAAAAAAAAAAAACAUUCGGCCAUCAAAUACUGCCAUUUAAUAAACUCGUACCGUCUAAAUGAGACCAUAACCAUUGUGAGAAUAAACACACUAUAAUGUGUUAAUUUAUCGUAUGGCAAUGAGGAGGCACACUGACAUUUUAUCCCGCCAGGCGGCGCCUGUGCAAGUGUCUAGGCAUGUCACUGUCAUGCAUAUGUGAGAGAAAGAAAAAACACAUCAUCUUCUCGCUCUCACUUAUGAAAUUCUUUAUCUGCGCAAUGCAAGUGCAAUGGACUAAUAUAGGGUGGCGCCAUCUGUCAUAUCAUAACCUUUGAGUGUCCCUCCUCAUCAAGGACAGAUAAA